AUGGAUUCCAGCUCGAGUACUGGAUCACCGACCGGGGCCAGCGCCACCGGCGCCAUCCGUUCUCGCAACAAAACCGCCGGAGCCAUCGCCAAGCGAGCCUGCGACCAGUGCAAGUUCCGCAAGAUCAAGUGCAGUUUAUCGCAGCCAUGCAAGGCCUGCCAGUCCAUGGGGUUCGAUUGUACAUUCUUUCAGCCGCAGAAGAAACGCGGGCCCACCGGACAUCGCGUGUCGCAAAUCCGACAGCAGCAAACCCCUGUUGUCGGGGGAAGUUCGCAAGAAAAUCCCAUUGCUAAACAAGAUGGGUUUCAGUACCAGAACCCCCCCUCGUCCGUGGAAACGGGCCAAGCCGUAUCCCUACCGGGAACGUCCUGGGCUUCCACUCAUGGCGAAGUUGCCAUGCCUGUAGAGAGUGCAGGAGGACUCCCGCCGUCAGGUACUCCAACCCAGGUCGCUGGCGCUUGGGGGGCAGACACCGCAUCCCUGGGCUCUCACAGCAACAGCGGGAUGGGCUGGGACGAGCGCAAUGACGUUGAAUACUGGCUUCCGGACAACCUGGACUCCCAGGUUCCCAUGUUUGAGUUCUCAGGGAGCAAUAUCUACCUCAAACCGUCGCUCCCAUCCAUCAUUCAGCCGGUACCGGAUGCUUCGGCUUCGGCUAUAAACAUGGCCCCGCAGGAUCCCCAAAACAUGGCCUUCCCAGCGGCGGGGCAGAUGCAAUCCAAUGGACAGGAGAUUGAUGCGGCAUGGCCGUCCUCUAUCAGCGAAGGAAACAUGAUUCCUUGGAUCGACGUCUAUUUUGACCGGCUACACCCGACUCUACCGGUGCUCAGUCGCUCGUCCUUGUUUACCCGGAUGCUAUAUCAAGAGCAUCGCAAAAACCCACAAUUUGGAUCAAUGUUGCUGUCGCUGUGCGCAUUUUCGCUGACACAGCCCAUUGAGAUCAACGAGCGACCAACCACUUCGUCUCGCGCUACUCAGGCACGGUCCAUGAUGAACGAAGCAACCAAAAUGCGGAGCUGUUCCGACUUUGGGGAGAAUCCCACGAUUGAAGCAGUAUUAACAAGUUUCUUCCUAUUUGGAUGUCUCUUUGGAAGUAAUCAGCACAAUGCGGCGUGGCUCCGGUUGCGGGAAGCCCUGGACCUUGCAGCCACCCUAGGGUUGAAUGACCCUGACUCAUAUCAUGAUCUGUCCGAGGAAGAGAAAGGGCAGCGAUUACGGACCUACCUUGUCCUGUCUAUCACAGAACGAGCCUACGCUCUUCAACGGCGACACCCAAUAACGUUUUGGGGGAAGCCAGGAUUCAGCAUGCGGUCCGUACAUGAUUUCAUCCACAAUGCUACCCAUAGCGUCAUUUCGGGAAUCAUCGUCCACAACGAAAAAGAUGCCGAGGGAAUGAUGGGUCUGGCGCGGCUGAUGGAGCUGUUUGAUGCCAUUGAUGAGGAUGUCAUUGAUUGCUGGAACCGGCGAUGCGACAUCAGCAAUGGCUACUGUCAGAGGCUCACCGAAGCCAAGGCAUUAUCAAUCCACCAGAACCUUGGCCGGAUUAACCAGUCCGAACGGUAUAGGGGUUACGACUGGUUCGAGCAAGCCAAGGGUGGACAUGGUGAGACCAACAAUGUUCUCCUCGCGAUAGGCUUGCGGGAAACCCAGGCUGCAGAUGUGUUUAUCACUCAGAAAUGGCUUCAGAACCGGGUUUGGCUGCUGUGCUCAACCCAUGGGCUCUUGCGGACCCACUCCGAGCGACCCGAGCUGACCUUUGGGUAUGCGGUUUCUAUCGCCGAAUCGACUCUUCAGUUGUGUCAGUCGCUUCGGCUGAGCUCGAUGGAAGCACAUGGAAUAGGUUUGACCGAAAAGUUGUACGAUAUUGCCUCAUGCGCAACCGAUGUGUUGUGCAAUACCAAUCCACCCUAUGGAAGUGCCAUCAACAUGCCCGGAACCACGAUGACGCCGUCCGGGAAUUUCCCCGAACCAAUUUCUGCUACUCCGACACCACAGGGCAUGGCAGAAGAUUUCUUAUUGCUUUUAACCAGCUUUCGUGGAGGAAAUCAUCCGUAUCUGGAGAAGUAUAAGGCCAAUCUUCGCUCCCUUCGAAUUCCCGGCCAAAAAAUCCCGGAUUGGUCUCACCAAUGA